AUGUCGGCGACGGAACAACGCUAUCCGGUUAUCGACAAAGAAGCUCUCGCUAUCGUUUGGGCAGUCAAGAAGUUUUUCAAUUAUUUAUAUGCACGGAAGUUCACGCUCGUCACGGACCACAAACCGUUGACGCAAAUCCUGCAUCCAGAGAAGUCACUGCCUACACUUUGUAUAAGUCGCAUGGCAAACUACGCUGACUACUUAGCGCACUUCAAUUUCGAUGUAGUGUACCGAUCGACUAACGAAAAUAAGAAUGCCGAUUAUUGUUCACGCAUUCCAAGUCCCUCGACACAAUCCAGUGUAAACAGCCUUUCUCUUAGUAGAGGAGGAAAUGAGGAUCAAGACGAUUUUGAAGAUUUUGUGCUUAACCAAAUCCAGCAGCUGCCCAUUAAAGCCGAUCAAAUCGCACGCGAAACGCGAAAAGAUGAGCACAUGGGUAAAAUGUUGAAAGACCUCGAAAUGGGACGAAACCUAUCACAAAUCGGCUAUAAAGCACCAGAAGCCAAAUACACCAUGGUUGCCAAUUGUUUGCUGUUUGAACACCGUGUCGUGAUUCCCGACAUCCUUCGUCCGGCAAUUCUGCAAGAUUUGCACGCAGCACAUAUUGGUGUGGUGAGAAUGAAGUCUUUGGCCCGUUCAUAUGUCUACUGGCCGGGCAUAGACAAAGACAUCGAGCAGCUAGCCAAAUCAUGCCACGAAUGCGCUCAAACGGUCUCAGCACCUCCUAAGUUCAAUCAACACCAUUGGGAGUAUCCAUCUAACCCUUGGGAGCGUGUUUAUGUUGACUAUGCGGGACCCGUUGCUGGCGAGAUGCUACUGAUCAUCGUGGAUGCGUACAGCAAGUGGGUUGAGGUGAAAGUGACUCACUCAACCACUACCGAGGCAACCAUAAAAAUCCUCGACGAGCUAUUUGCAUCCUAUGGAGCCCCCCUAACUGUUGUAACAGACAACUGA